AUGCCUGAAGGGGACCUGUUUGAUUACUUGUUCGAAGGCAAUAAACCCCUGCUCAGUUGGGAUAAAAGGAUUAGUAUAUUGUUUGAUAUAGCAAAGGCCCUUACAUACUUGCAUGGACAAGGACUUGUGUACAGAGAUUUGAAGGCUAAGAAUGUUCUUCUAGAUUCAGAACUCAGAGCCAAACUGUGUGACUUUGGCUCACUUGUUCCUGACCGUGCAUCAGUUCCCUAUGAAGGAAUUAGUGGAUAUUUUGAAGUUUGUACUUUAAGAGAUGAAACACCACAAAUAUUUCAUGAUGUAUAUGCAUUUGGAGUGCUGAUGUUGGAAGUGAUGCUGCAAAGGUGUGUGUUCAAGAAUAAGUCGGGGAUAAUAAAAUCUUUAGUGAGUAAAUACUACACAAUGCGGCUAAAGAGAAGGGCAGCAAAUAUGCCAUCAAAGAAGAUGAAUGGUGAGUUUGAAGUUCAAAGUUUGGAGGCUCUAUUAAAAAUUGCUGAAAGGUGUCUUUUGGAAGAACCCACUAACUAUAUGAGAAUGGAGACAGUAACAAAGGGAGCUAGAGAAGUGGAGCAAGUCAUGAUCAUGUUGCUUUUGCUCAUUUGA